AUGGGAAAUCGAGUGACACUACACAGCGCAUGCAAAAAUGGGGACCUGGUGGAGUUUCAGCGACUGCUUAAGACAGCGACAAGUGAGGAUCUGGAGGCCAUGGACAACUGUGGGCGCACGCCGCUGCUGCUUGCAGUCGCGGGCCUAAAGCAUCUGCACAAGCAUCAAGAGCUGGACGCAAACCCCAACGAUCUCCAUGGCGUUUUGUGUCGAGAUGAGAAAAAUACUAUCAUUUCAUUGACAGCAGAGGGACACGAGCAGGAUCAAGAGUCGAAUCUAGAGGCUAAUGGUGGGACAGAUAGCAGCUAUAGCGAGACUGUGGACGAGAUGAGGGAUAACGCAAACAUGGGACUUUUGCCCAAGGAAUUGGAGAUUCUACGUUUGCUGCUGCAACGUCGGGUCAACGUGGAUCACAAGGACGAAAAUGACUGGACGGCGCUGCACCACGGGUGCUUCGUUCAGAACGCAGUGGCCAUCAAGAUGCUGAUUCACGCCGGAGCACAACCAAUGAGAGAUAGUUACGGGUUGCUCCCACAGGAUUUAUUGCAAAGAGGACAUAUGCCAGAUUGGGUGGCACAAGCUCAAGAAUUGAAAGAGUCGCUGGAUCAAAUGACGGCCAAUAGUGUCUACGCGAUGAAGCUGCUUGCAUUCCGACCUAGCGGGAUUGUACAGUUGGAUAUGGGUGGACAGGUCGAAAAGGGGUCGUUUGUUACGUUGGAAUACGACGUGCCGGAAACGCACUCUGUGAAGGAUUAUGUCCAAGUACUUAUUUCAGAAGAAGACUCGGCAGAGAUUAACACGGGACCUUUUCACUUUGUACCAGCUGGUGGGCACGGACAAAUAACGAUCAGUACAAAGGACAUCCCGUCAUCUAGUACAGUUCGCUUCGUGUAUGUGAAAAGCGAUAUCAACUCGAUGUGUAGAGAGGUGGUGGCGAGCGGCUGCAACGCUGUGGUACAGGCGUCGGUUGGCGAGAUUUUUCAGUACGAGUUGUUUGUGUACGACCGUGUGGUGGAAGUGGAAAGCGUUUUAGAGUUUGAAUUUGUUGAUCAACCAUUGAUCGUGCUGAAGCGUAUUGGUAUCGUCAUGGGCAAGGACAUCGAUUGGGUUACUAUCCGAUCGGAUAAUCAUAUCGUCGCAGUGAACGAUAUUCGCAUCGACACGAUGGAUUUUGCAAAGGCCGUGCGUGUGUUACAAGAGAACAAUGGCAGGCAAUGCACAAAAUUACUUAUGCAGAACUUCUCGGUCUGUGGUGAUUUUAUUCCGGAGAAAAUACUUGGCAUAGGUGUCAUUGGGAAGUACGCAUACUUGCAUCCGUUAGACGCAGGCCAGGAAAUGGAGGGUGAUGAGCAGACGCACGAAGCAUGGGUGCGCGAUAGCAACCGUAGUGACAAUGUGAAACGCAGCAGUAAAGUAGCUACCAACGAACAGUUGCGAGCGGAAAUGGUGAGUGCAUUACCGUCGGCAGUUCAGUUCUUUGACGAACCAUCACAAAAUUAUUUACCGCCCUCGGCAUCGUUGACCGUGUCUCAAGCGGAAGCUUUUGUACCAGUAAGUAAGACAAUUGCCGACGAUAAUGACGAUCCGGCCACAAUGAGCAAAGAAGAAAACGUUUCUUCAUUUUCAACCAUAGAAACGAUGGUGCCACUGCCCAACUCGCUGCAGCUUGUAGCCCAACUUCAACACGGCAUAUCAGUUAGCCACGCCAACAGAUGA